AUGCUGAAAAGGCUGUCAUCCCGUCUAUAUGUGCCAUUGGGACGUCACUGGUAUAGUACGCCUCCUACAUAUUUCGCAGGCUCCACACCACGACCCGUAGUCUCUUCAGUACCGACUUCAGUACCUACUUCAGUACCUAAUUCAGUACCUACUUCAAUAGCUACUUCACCUACAAAUGCGGGAAAUCAUGUUCAAAAUCCUCCGCGCAAGUAUCUGCUGGAACUGGCUACUGUCAUUUCCGUAUUGGCAAUGUCAUUGCUAGCGUUCGACAGUUAUCGUGUGAGAUUGAAAUUAGAAGCGAAGCUCGAGCAAGACGCCGAACAGUUUAAACAAACGCAGGAUUUGGUGACCAAAGAGUUUAACGCAAACCGCAAGAAACGGGAGCUGCAAAUCUUGAACGAGCGCAAGCGUGUUCAAACACGCGAGUUGAAAGUCGCAUUGCACGUUGCGUUGCUUCGCAAGCAGCUCGAAGACUUGGGAAUACAGCCGGCGUCAGUGAAACAAGCACUGCAGGAGUUUGAAAAAAAUGCCAAAAUGGAAAAUAGCGCAAGCAAUGUCAGCGGGACCCGACUCUGGGUCACCGAAAACAGCUGCUAUAAAGGGUACAUUUCAGACGUCCGAGAGUACGAUUGA